UUUGGCCAGCCAUCACAAGUAGGUUGCUCUUCCCGGCAAACAGACAAAAUAUGCUCCUCGCGAAUUUAACUCAGAAGCUUUUGCUGAUAGUCUGGAUUUCGAAAAGGGUUCUUGGACAAUCCGUUUGCUCCGAUUGUUCCUUAACAAGUUUACAAUACGCCUGUGUCAAUGAAACCGCCUACGGUUUUUGCUUUGGCCAAGCAGUUGUGGAUGAAAGUAGGGUGAAAAAUUGCCGGGAUGGAUAUUAUUGCGUCCUGCAGGGAUUCUGUGCAGCCAUGGAUUCAGCGGAGCCGGCUUGUGUUCCAGAUAUCUCGACGACCACAACGGAUAUAGUGACAGAUUCGACAACCGAUGCGAGUACUCUGGAAACCACAGAUUUGGAAACUACUACAGUGACCACAGAAUCUACUCUGACCACGAAUUCAGAUACUACCGAAAUGACAACAGAGUCUAGUACUCUGGAAGAAUCUAGUACCUCUGUAAUCACUACGGAAUCGAGUACAGAUUCUACAACUUCGGAAAUCACAACUCAGGAGACGUGUACCACAGAAACCUCAACACUGAUUACAGAUUAAACUAUUUAUAAUUUAUUCACAGAUUCGACUUCUACAUCCCCUGUUUCCACGGAUUCUACAACUAUUGCGUUUUCCACCGAUUCGAGUACAGAAUCUUCAACUCCUGCUUUUACCACAGAAUUUUUGACAGAUUCAACUACUUCUGAUUUAACCACAGAUUCGAGUACAAUGGAAACUUCAGAUUCUACAACCCUCAUUACCACUGAUUCUACCACCCCUGUAUUUACAACGGAUUCAAGUACUCAGGAAAGCACAGAGUCUACAGUUACUGAGACCUCAACACCAUUGAUUACUACUACCCCAGUAAUUACUACAGAAUCAAGUACAGAUUAUACCACAUCUGAUAGUACAACAGAUUCAAGUACUUCUGCUAAUACAACAGAUUCCAGUACUCUACCCACAACAUUUGAACCUACUAGUACAAGUACAUUAAGUACCACUACCAUUUCAUCGGAAGUAGAUCCAAACGUCUAUUGUGCAAAGUUAAGGCGCAAGGGAAACUAUCGAGUUGAAACAGAUACAACGUGUCAAAUGUAUGUCUUCUGCUUUAAGCUGGGCCAAGAUUACCUUGGUUGGCUAUAUUAUUGUGAGGCGAACCAAUACUACAAUUCAGAUACAGAGGCCUGUCAGACCGUACGACCAAGCAAUUGCUAA